GAAGUACAUUUUGAAGAAAGGGAAAGAUAGGAAGCAAAGGAAAUAGAAAAAGAAAGGUCAGGGACCAGAUAGUGUCACUCUUCCCCACACCACACCGGCCCCUUGACUCUUUCAAGUCUUUUGUCUUCACUUCUCCCUAUUUCACGUGACUCUCCCUGUGCCCCCCUUCUUAUUCCAUGAACCUAGGCUCGGCUUCUUCCUCAGAACCUUCCCUCCUAAACACUUUCAGAUUCAGAUCUCAUCUUCUUCUCCGUUCAUGAGUUCGCCGUCGCGCCUCUGCUGUCUCGUGGCCGUAAUGUUCUAUCUUUGCUGGAUCUUCAGUAAGGUAGCAGGGGACUUGUGUUCCUUGCAGCCGGACGGGUUUUCUAGAUCUUCAUGUCCGCCGUUUACUUCCACUCCUCCAUUUCCUUUCUCUCCGGUGCUAGGCUGUGGGCACCCUUCCUUCCACAUCAAAUGCUCCUCUCCUCACUCUAUUAUGUCCAUCAAUAAUGUUUCUUUUGCUCUCCUUGGCUACGAACUCAACUCCACUUCUCUCACUCUCUCUCCUAACCCUACAUCACUGCCGGCAACCACGGAGACGACUGGACAUAGGGAAGAAUGCCCUUUGGGGAACUUACUUUAUGUUCCUAAUCGGUCUAUAAAUCUAUCGGGUUCUCCUUUUCGGUUCUCGGAUGCUUCUUGUUCCCGGCUCUCUCUUCUCCGGGCUUGUUCGCCGCCGACUCUUCCGAACUGCAACCAUUGUCAGUGGGAAUGCAAGCUCGUCAAGAACCCAGCUCAGCUUCUCCAUGGCUGCAGCGGAUCCACUAGUUCUGAUCAGAGACAGGGAUGUCAGAGUGAUGUUUUGGGGUUCCUUGAUCGUUUCUUGAAAAUCGGCAUUCAAGUGGAGUGGGACGAAGCACAAGAUUCAUAUUUCUCCAACUGCACAGACUGCAAGGCUAAGAAUGGAGUUUGUGGCUUCAAUUCUUCCGACCCCAACAAACAAUUUAUCUGUUUCCUACCGGAAACCCGUAUCGCGUCAUGGAAUCCGAAUAGAGUUGCAAUUUUGUCUUCAAUCUUCCUAUUGACGUGUGUUUUUCUUGUGAUUUCAGUUGGCAUUGCUAUUUUCCGUUCUAGAAAGCUAAAUUCGCAAUCCUCAGAGGAAGACCCGACGACUUUGUUCCUCCAUAGCCAUCGUACCGCGAGUCUCCUUCCUCCAGUCUUCACUUAUGAGGAGCUUGAAUCCUCCACCAACAAAUUCGACGCCAACCGCAAGAUUGGCGAUGGUGGGUUCGGAUCAGUUUAUCUGGGUCGGCUCUACGACGGCCGAAUCGUGGCCGUGAAGUGCCUCCACAAGCACCACCACGCAGCAACUGCAGAAAAAGCCUUCUCCGCGAAAUAUUUCUGCAACGAAAUCUUGAUUCUCUCUUCCAUCAAUCAUCCGAAUCUAGUCAAGCUCCAUGGAUACUGCAGUGACCCGAGAGGGCUGAUAUUGGUCUACGACUAUGUUUCAAACGGUACUCUCGCCGAUCACCUUCACGGCCUGGGAAGUCUUAACCGGGGAGGGUCAUUGACUUGGCAAGUGAGAUUAGACAUUGCUCUGCAAAUAGCUUCAGCGAUUGAGUAUUUGCAUUUCUCGGUCGUGCCGGCGAUCGUUCAUCGGGAUAUUACAACGUCGAACAUCUUCGUGGAGAAAGACAUGAGGGUGAAAGUAGGGGAUUUUGGGCUUUCAAGGUUCCUCGUUUUCCCAGAUGCGUCGUCUAAGUCAGAAUUUGUGUGGACCGGGCCUCAGGGCACACCCGGGUACUUGGAUCCGGAUUACCACCGGUCCUUCCGGCUGACGGAAAAGAGCGACGUGUACAGUCUCGGAGUGGUGUUGCUGGAGUUGAUUUCGGGAUUGAAAGCGGUGGAUCAGAGCAGGGACAAGAGGGAUAUAGCGCUGGCUGACCUAGCGGUAUCGAAAAUCCAAAUGCGUCUCCUCCAUCAGUUGGUUGACCCAGUCUUGGCAGCCGACGGAGACGCAAUAGACGGCGUCGACGCGGUUGCGGAAUUGGCGUUUCGGUGCGUCGCAGCCGAUAAAGACGACCGACCCGACGCCAGGGAGGUGGUGGAGGAGCUGAAGCGAAUUAGAAGCCGCACACGCGUGCUUCGGACAUCAAAUUCCAAUGUUAGCGUAUGCAGUGCUGAGGUGGCGAAGGGUUAGUUGAGUUUGGGACGUGACGUGGACGGUCAGAACGGGGCCCACGUACACAUGUGUGUCUGUACGAGAGUUGACCGUUUGCCAUUUUUCCUGUCAGAUGUUUACGUUGCGUAGGGAUUUUGCUUUCAUGAAAUAGAAUGUAAGAAUAUAUAUAUAUAUAUAUAUAUGGGCCUGUGGGCUUAAAAUAUCCUCAGAAUGUAUUCAAUGAAACUGGGCCUUACUCCAGCCUUUUUUGUUCUGCAUGUUUACUUCUCAGAUUGUACCAAAAAAUACAUAUAUAUUUUGAAG